GUGGCUAGCUGACUCCUUUCCGAAAACUUCAACAAAUUGUUGAAGGAUGGGAAAAAACAAGAACCGAGGUGAUAGAGGAGGCGGCGGCGGUCGACAGCAGAAAAAAGAUGAAUACCGCAGCGACCUCCUCGAUAAGUCUGACAUGAAAAACGAGCGCUUUUUCGCGUACUACAAGGCCCAGAAAAUUGUCCCUGACGAUGAAUGGGACUUGUUUGUGGAGACAUUGCGGCAACAUCUGCCCACUACAUUCAGGGUUGCUGGCAGUCGGGAGACGGCCCAUACACUUAAUUCUAUGGUAAAGGACAUACAUGUGCGAACCCUGAGCAAUGUCACCUUCGAGGGCCAGUCAAUACCGCCUCCAGUUCAGAUCCCCUGGUAUCCAGAAGGCCUUGCAUGGCAGUUUAAUGUACCAAAGAAAGUGUUGCGCAAGUCGGCAGAGUUCAAAAAGUUCCACUCAUUCCUGGUCGGCGAAACCGAAGUGGGAAAUAUCUCCAGGCAGGAAGCUGUCAGCAUGCUACCUCCCCUUUUCCUUGGAGUCGAACCCCAUCACCAUGUAAUGGAUAUGUGUGCCGCCCCGGGUUCAAAAACGGCCCAGCUGUUGGAAGCAUUACACGCAAAUGACACUGUCACUUCGACUUCCAUGCCUUCUGGCCUUCUCAUAGCCAAUGACAGCGAUUACAAGCGAACCCACCUGCUUAUCCACCAGUCUGCACGUCUACCCAGUCCUGCGCUGAUGGUAACUAAUAUGGACGCAUCGAAUUAUCCUUCAAUCAAAAUUCCUACUCCUGUAAAGGGAGACACUUCUGCGGGAAGCCCGCCGCGUACGGAGCAGCUGCUAUUUGAUCGUAUCCUCUGCGAUGUCCCAUGUAGCGGGGACGGAACCAUCAGGAAGAAUAUUGGCAUAUGGAAAAAAUGGCAGCCGCAGGAUGGCAAUGGGUUGCACAGUCUACAGCUUCGUAUUCUACAGCGGGGGAUGAAGCUUCUCAAACCAGACGGUCGGAUAGUAUAUUCGACCUGUUCCCUGAACCCCAUUGAGAACGAGGCGGUCGUGGCUUCUGCUCUCAAAUCUAAUUCCGACUUCCAUCUUGUUGAUGUGUCUUCUCAGUUGCCCGAGUUGAAGCGUCGGCCUGGACUGACAAAUUGGAGACCGACAUCACACCGCGAAGCUAAAACUACCUACGACACGUACGAUGCCUUCUUGUCAGCUGAAUCAGCCUCGGAGGCAAAGUUGACGCCAGGGCAUUGGCCUCCGCAAGAUGUUGAAGAACUGAAUCUCCCGCGGAGCAUGCGUAUAUAUCCCCACCUUCAAGACUCGGGAGGUUUCUUCAUUGCAGUAUUAGAACGCAGAUCGACGAAUAAAACAAAGUCUGAAUCUUCUUUUCCCGUCAGGUCCACAAUUUUAAUUAUGCACAGGAAAAGAACGGCAGACAGCGUAGGGGAUGUGCCCGAAUCGAAAAAGCCGCGACUGGCCGAGGAUAGCGCCAAACCUCCUGCCGCGGUCGGAGGAGACGUAGAAGCCAUGGCAAGUGACCCGGCACCAAUGGACACUGCAGCUGACGAGAAGGGUGAAAACGUGUCCAAAGUCACUUCCGGUGGUGGCGGAUCUUUCAAAGAGAACCCUUACACCUUUUUACGCCUCGACGACCCCAUUCUUCUAUCGUGCAUUGAGCGUCUGCACCUCACUUCUGAAUUUCCGGCUUCGAAUGUCCUCGUCAGAAACCCCGAAGGCGAUGCUGUCAGGUCCAUGUACCUUACCAAUGAUAUCGUCAAACAGAUUGUGCUGCACAAUGAGUAUGGUCGGAUACGUUUGAAUGCGGCCGGGACCAAAGUACUUGCUAAGCAAGAAGCUGGCAAGGGCGUGGAUGCCCAGUUUAGAAUUCUGGGAGAGGGCUUGCCUGUGGUACUGCCUUUCACGGACCCUACCACCAUUUUAGGCGGAGAUCUGGAAACAUUGAAGACGCUGGUGCAAUCUUACUAUCCUUUAUGUUCCUCGUUUGCCGAACCGUUCAAGUCGGUCAUUGAAGGGAAACCUGUGGGGAGCCAUAUCAUACGUUUCCCACCCGAAAAGUCCGAAGGCGCGACCUUGUUCCACGAUGUUGUUCUUCCUGUAUGGAAAUCCAAUGUAUCUAUCAGUUUAAUGAUUGACAAGAAGGCAAAAAGCGCCUUGAGUCUGCGAAUAUUCGGAGCAGACAUUACGAUUGCUGGUCGCGAAGCAACAUCUGUUAAAGUAUCCAAAGAGGGACCUUCUACCAAAGUGGCUGAAUCUCAAGCAAAUGUGAAAGAGGAGAGUCCUGAAGACAGCGAGAAAGCAGCUCUGGAAGAGGCAAAGGAAGAGGUAGAUAGUUAGAAUAUGUAUAUUGCAGUCUUUCGCACGAUCUACCUAAUCUAAUCAGCUUACAUCAGC